ACGUAUCAAUCCUCAAAUUUCUAUAUCUCCGAACUAUACCUCUAAAUCUGCCGGAAUGAACACCAAAGAUAAAAAAACCUUUAAGAGGGGCCGUAAGUCCCCCAGAAAUACCGUCAAACCUGUCGAGAAGACUUCUCAAGUACAAAAAACCCCUGGAAAUGAGGUGGUUGCGGACGAAAGUGGUUCCUUAUAUUCUAAAAUGUUCGCGGACCGCGGUCCUAACAAACGUAAAGUUAAAAUGAGGGCCAUAGCCGAAGAUCUUUUUGACGAGGCUGACCCUGGUGACUCCGAUUAUAAAUUCGUCAACGAAGAUAGCAGUGGCCAAGACGAUGUUAAUACCGAUACCGAUGACACUGUUGUUAGUGAUAAACACUUCGGUGCCACCAUUAAUGAACCUACCGAAAUUUCUGAGGCCGACUUUGUCGACAUAGAUAACGAGCCUACACCCGAAGAAAAUAACGAAGAAAAAAUUAGAGAAUUUUUGAAAAAAUGGAAACUCGACGAUCCAGGCGUUUGUUGUAUAUGUCUUGAAAACUCAACAACUGAAGAUAACAUGCUAGUAUAUUGUGAUGGGGAUGAUUGUGAG